AUGACAUCCUAUCCUUGGAGUCCAGGCAACAAGUACGGAGACUACGAAGAGCCAUACUAUAACGCCAUCUCCUAUACAUGGGGUCGGUUUCGAUACAAAGACCAUCAGCCGGAAUAUGCCACAACACGUCCCCUCGACGUCAAGGGCGUGACUUGGCCACUUCCGCGUGUACAUCCAACUCAUUUCACAGCCGAUGAAAUGACUGAACUCAUCAAAGCUGCUACUUGUCCCGAGGACGAAGAAUAUGCGGUUGAGUUCAUAUGGCUCGAUGUUGUCUGCAUCGAUCAGACAAAACCUCACACGCCAGAAUAUUACAGCGAAGUUGGCAGACAAGGAAGGAUCUUUCAAGGCGCAUCGGAGGUGGUGGUGUGGCUCACGACUAUCAACAGUGAGCAAAUGAUACAAUGGUGGAAGAGAAUGAGUCGCGCCAAAGCUCCGCUUAAACCAGUUCUAGUUGGAAGUGACGAGGACUACGAUGUUGACCGGUGGUUGAGAACAAUCCUAGCCGAGUUCCAGGACUUGAGAAAGGACCCAUGGUUCACGUCUCUAUGGACACUCCAAGAAGCAUUUCUGUCUCCAUAUUCUGUUAUUCUCUUGAGAGAUGGUCGAUCCUUCUUCAGAUGCGUCGAUGAUGUCUCUUCCGGAGGAUACUUAUCCCAUCUCAUAACUGUGUGUCAGAAGAUGUAUAGCUUCCUUGACCAGUUCAAAAGAUCGGCGUCCCGGAAAAUCACGUUUGAUCAAACGCUCUUUGACGCUGUUAAGAACGAGAUCGAAGCAUUUGGAUUCCUUGAAGGCUUCAGUGAGGGAACAUCAGUGCUCCGGUCCCUCGAACUCGGGUUUGAUACUGAGUCAUCAUGGAUGGGUAAUCCAUUGAUGCUGCUACAAGCUUCUCAUCGGCGAACGUGCUAUGAAAAGACAGACCGAGUGAGAGGCAUCAUGCAGGUUUUCGGGCUUCAGUUAGGCGAAUCAGCACCUGAUCACAUCCCCGGGAAGACUUAUACCCUGUCUGAACUCAAAGAUCAACUCGCAUCCGAACUACUUCGAAUCUACCCAAUCUCCAGUCAACUAUGCAUUCAAGAUCGAUCUUGCCCACCUCGGGAAGCGUGGAGAGUCAACUCGAGCAUGACAAUGAUGCGCUUUUCCGAGCUACUAUGGCGACAGAUGAUACGAUCGGAUGGAACUUCAGUUGACGAACAAGAGCUUGUGGAAGCAUCGAACGGUGCGACGCUCGAGGCUGUGGCGUUUGAGAAUGUGCUUAUGGCUGGCUUCCAAGGCAGUUUCACCAAGAUGAGCACGUUCUUUAGUGUCAUGAAGAAAUGCAUCGGCUCUGAUACUGUAGAGGUGGAACUCGAGCACAAAUACAACGACGCGAUACAGGCGGCAUAUUCAGAAGACUAUCUGUCACGAACUCAGAAACUCGCGUGGCUGGCAGGUCAGUCCGAGAGCCGAAACAUGGGUAUUUUGUUCCUCGCACUAGUCGAGCCACCACCUAAUGCGCCCAGGCUUGAGAAUGUGUGGUGCAGAUGGUGCAUUGGUUUGAUACUGUGUCAGGAACCUGGCCGACAAGAUGUGUUCGAAAAGGUGGGCGUAGUCACCUGGGAUCUGGAGGCUAUUGGACAACUAGGGAAAGACAGAAGACCCCAGACAGUCGAUGGAGUGCCAGAUGCAUCCAAAUACAUCGUCGUGGAGGGUCCUGGGUGGACAGAUCUGAGUGGUUAUUUUGGGUGA